CCGGCCGGGGGAGCCGGCGCUGCUGGAACGGGAGGAUACGGGAGGGGAGCGGAGCCGAGCGCAGGCGGUGCCGUGUCCCGGAGCCUUCGGGAGCUGCUGGGCUACGGCCCCGCUGCACCCCCAUGGAGAAAUACAAAGCUCUCGAGCAGCUGCUCACAGAGCUUGAAGAUUUUCUGAGGAUACUGGACAAGGAGAACUUGAGCAGCACUGCUGUUGUGAAGAAGAGCUUCCUCUCCGACCUUCUACGAGUCUACACCAAGUCCAGUGGUGGCGAUGAGGAGUAUAUUUAUAUGAACAAAGUGACAGUCCAUAAACAGCAGGGUGACCAAGACAAACAAGAUAAAGUGCUGGAUCAGAGAAACUCCUUGACCAAUGGAGACUCAGGACUGCAUCUGUCGCCUCCUCAGAAGAGCCUGCCAGACCUCCCCCCUCCAAAGAUGCCUGAAACAAAACAACCUCCAGUCCCCAAAAUCGAAUCCCCAGAGGGAUAUUAUGAAGAGGCUGAGCCAUAUGACAUCUCUGUAAAUGGUCUUUUUGGUAGGCUUGCUGCGGCUGGACCCCGGCCAGGGUUGCAGGUUACUGAGGGCGUUAUUUAUGCCACAAUAACAAUGGAAGAUGGUGAAGCUGUUAGUAGUUCCUAUGAAUCCUAUGAUGAAGAAGAGAGCAGCAAAGGCAAGUCAGCAACCCAUCAGUGGCCAUCCACGGAGGCCACCAUUGAGCUGAUGAAGGAUGCCCGCAUCUGUGCCUUCCUGUGGAGAAAGAAGUGGCUGGGACAGUGGGCAAAGCAGCUGUGUGUUAUCAAGGAUACCAGGUUGCUGUGCUACAAGAGCUCCAAAGACCACAGCCCUCAGCUGGACGUGAAUUUGCUGGGCUGCACUGUCAUUCACAAGGAAAAGCAAGUGAGGAAGAAAGAGCAUAAGCUGAAGAUCAUUCCCACGAAUGCCGACGUCAUUGUGCUGGGGCUGCAGAGUAAAGACCAGGCAGAGCAGUGGCUCAGGGUAAUCCAGGAGACCAGUGGUCUGCUGUGCGAAGGAGGCGGUGAAGGCAACCAGUACAUCCCAGAUUCACAGCGCCUCAGCUACCCAAAGGUGGAGGUGUCCGAGAGAUACUCUGCAGCCUCCGAGAGCGGGAGCAGCACGGACGGCCACCCAGAGACAGCUGAGACAAAAGAUGUUAAGAAGAAGGGCACAACUGGCCUGAAACUGAGCAACCUGAUGAACCUCGGGAGGAAAAAGUCCAGCUCCAUGGAUAGCCCAGAGAGAUCCUUGGAGACUUCAAGUUACCUGAAUGUGCUAGUGAACAGCCAGUGGAAGUCACGUUGGUGUCAGAUAAAAGAUGGUCACCUCCAUUUCUACCAGGACAAGAACCGAAGCAAACUGGCUCAGCAGCCCUUGAGUCUGGCAGGUUGUGAAAUUAUCCCAGAGCCAAGCCCUGAUCAUCUCUACUCCUUCCGCAUCCUGCAGAACGGGGAAGAACGGGUCAUUUUGGAGGCAAAGUCCUCGGAGGAAAUGGGCCACUGGCUGGGCCUCCUCUUGUCGGAGUCAGGUUCGAAAACAGACCCAGAGGAAUUUACCUACGAUUAUGUGGAUGCUGACAGAGUUUCCUGCAUUGUGAGCGCUGCGAAGAAUUCCUUCUUCCUCAUGCAGAGGAAGUACUCAGAGCCCAACGCCUACAUCGACAACCUGCCCAAGGGCCGGGUGCAGCAGGACGAGCUGUACGAUGACGUGGAUCUGCCAGACCUGCCCGUGGAAGAAGUACCCAAGAAUGAGAGCAAAUUGGAAGGGGACCAAGACAGAGUGUAUCUAGAUCUCACCCCAGUAAAGUCCUUCCUUCACUGUGCUGGCAGGAUGUCAUGCCAGCCUUCACCCCUCAGCUCACCAUCUUUGGAAAGGGCUGCCAGCAAGGCUGCUGCAGAGAGCACAGCUGAGACAGCCCUCGUGGCUAAGGAAGCCGAGCCCUGUGCCAAGGCGAUGGAGCCCUCGGAGCAGAAACACCCAGAGAAGCCAGAGCCCGAGGAGGGGCUGCCACGAGUGCCUGCUGUCAAAAUCCAGCCCCAGCAGCAGAACAUCGCCUUCCCCCAGCCAGCCCCCGAGGUGCCAGCGGGCCCAGUGCCAGCGGGCAGCCCCCAGCUGGUGCCUGCACACCGGCCCAAGAUGCCACUGCCAGCAGCAGCAGUGGAAACCAAGCUGGGCAAGAACAGGACGGAGGCGGAGGUGAAGCGGUUCACAGAGGAGAAGGAACGACUGGAGAAGGAGAAGGAUGAAAUCCGGGCUCAGCUCACCCAGCUACGCAAGGAGAGGCGGGAGCUGAAGGAAAUGCUUGGGAGCAGCACAGACAAGAGCCUGGAGCAGAGGCUGAAGGAGAUAGACGAAGAAUGCAAAAGGAAAGAGAGCCAGAGGGUGGACCUGGAGCUGAGCCUGGUGGAGGUGAAGGAGAACCUGAAGAAGGCAGAGUCUGGCCCAGUGACACUGGGCACUGCAGUGGACACCACACACCUGGAGAAUGCAGCCCCACGGGUAAAAAGUGCCAGCCCAGCAAACAGCGCAGAGAACUCACCCGUCAACUCAGCAACGGCUUUAAAGAACCGGCCUUUAUCUGUCAUGGUCACGGGGAAGGGAACAGUCCUACAGAAAGCUAAGGAAUGGGAGAAAAAAGGAGCUAGUUAGAAGCACGUUUUUCAGAGAUGGACUAGAGACUCGAAUUGCCCAUGCAUGGCCCAGGGGAUUCAACCAUCUGUAGGUGGAGGUUGGGUGUGCAACACAACCACACACCAAGCGCCUCCUCCAUGUUGCACCAACUGCUCCAACGCAGCAAUGGACUCAACAGCUGCCAAAACGAGUUAUCCCAAAUGAUCUUGAUCUUUUCCAGACAAAUCCCAAUCACGUAGCUAAAACAAUAACAACCAGUGGCAAUCCUUUCAUCAAAAGUCCUAACCCAGCUGAUGUAAACAAGAAUGUUACUGUACAUAGGGGUGUUUUGUGUAUUUCUACUCUGAAGGUUUAUCAAUGAGUUAUUAAGGUUUCUAUAUUAGUGACUGUAGUGGGUUCAAAAGGGGCCUCUGCUAUUCUUUAUACCCUGGUGGGUUUCAACCUGUCCUGGUAAAUUCCAGUCAACUAAAGUCUCACCUGCCUUGCUGCCAGUCAUCACUCAGCUGCAUUUCAUCCAGCCUUCAGUCAAGAGGGAUUCCCAAACCCGAGCAAUGCUUGAAGCUUGA